AUGGGUAUCUUGAACAUCUGUGAAGGUGCUGAAAGGUGGGAGGACGACUUGUGUAGUUUUGAACGCUCCUACAUAUGUUAUGAAGAGACACUGGUUCUGGUGAAGGAAAACAAAACCUGGGAAGAGGCAUUAGAGCGCUGCAGGUCUCUGAGCGGAGCACAAAGCUACGACCUGGCAACCCUCGUCACCAACGACGACCACGACUUCGCACGAGAGAAAGCUCAAACCGCCACCACUGAGGAGGUGUGGACGGGCCUGCGUUACCUUGGUGAUGAGUGGUUCUGGGUGGGUGGAGAACCAGUGCAGUACCAGGAUAUUCCAAGCUACCCGGCUGAGAGGUGUGGAGUCCUGGAGAAGAACGGCGACUCAUCCUUCGGCAUCAGAGACUGCAAUGAGAGGAGGAACUUCUUCUGUUACAUAAAACCUUAAAUCCCGUAGAAAAACUAUCUGAU